GCCCAAGCAAGCGCCUCCGAAGAACGAGCCGCCGACAGGAGCAGACAUCGAGGGAUCGUGGACGGACAACGAAGACCUGAAAGUGAUGAUUUUCGAGCCGAAUGGCGAUUUCCGCUCGCCUAAAUGCGCCUGUUUCGAUAUGGACGGCACAAUCAUCAAGAACAGGUCGGGGAAGAAGUUCCCGGAGAAUUAUCGAGAUUGGAUGAUCUUGUACUCCGGGAAGAUACCGGAAAAGUUACAUGAGCUGCAUCGGAACGGAUACCGAAUCGUAAUCUUCUCCAAUCAGAGGGGCUUGGCCACUGGCAAGCAGAGCAAACCUGAUCUGAAACUAAAGUUCACUGCCAUAAUGAAAAAGAUCGGUGUACCGAUGACGAUGUUCCUAUCGUAUGGACUCGGAGUGCAUCGUAAGCCCUCUGUGGGUCUCUGGCAUCUACUUGAAGAACAGAACGGUCCGAUCGAUAAAAGCAAGAGUUUUUACGUCGGAGAUGCUGCGGGACGACCAAAAAAUUGGCAACCAGGCGCCGCGAUGGACCAUUCCAAAGUCGACAGACUCUUCGCACUCAAUCUCGACAUCAACUUCUACACACCUGAGGAGUAUUUCUUGAAGUCUUCAAAGAACAAAUUCGAGAUGCCGGUCUUCAACCCCAAGGAAUUACGGAAAAACAGGACCUUGGGCGUCGUUGUAGAGCCGGAAUCUGAGAAGAAAGAAAUCGGAAGUCUCGAGGACCUCGUUCGGCAGGAUUUGGAAAUGCUGGUUCUGGUCGGGUAUCCAGCGUCGGGAAAGAGCACCCUGGCUCAAAUAAUUUCGGAGAAGAAAGGAUACAUUCAAAUCAAUCAAGACACCUUGGGAUCAUUAGACAGAUGCGUGAGGAAGGCCGGAGAAGCAUUGAGUAACAAAAAAUCGGUCAUAAUCGACAACACCAACUUCCUCGAGGAGCAAAGGAGAAGGUACAUCGAGAUCGCCAGACGGGCUGGUGCGAACGUCCGAUGCCUCUGGCUGGACUGCUCCGUGGACCAGGCCAGGCAUAACAAUAAAUUCCGGCUCUUGACUUCUCCUGAUGCGAAGCACAAGGAUGUGACAGACGUCGUUCUCUACACUCUGCGGAAAAAGUUUGAGGAACCGAAGUUGGGAGAGGGUUUUCUACAAAUUGUCAAAAUGCACAUGGUGCCGAAGUUCGACACGCCGCAGAGAGAAAAACUGUUCUACAUGUAUCUUCUGGAGAAGUGAGCAGAAGGAAGCCGUGACCAUGUUCUGUCGUUUUUGAGGUCGACGAUUACUUGUCGAAGACCAGCUGCACACCUUAUUCAGAGUCAAGCCUUAUAUGGGCAUGCCAAUGUGAUAUAUGCGAAACUUCAUUUUAAACCUUGCUGAAUACCG